UGUCAUGGUGGAAAGUGUGGGCAUUUGAAAAAUCGUUUUUAAGUGCCUGAUUUCGGCAUUUCAGUUCAUUGAGUUUCUCUUGAUUUAACCCGAACAACCUGUAAAUAUGGCGUCGACAGCUGCAGGAAAGCAAAGAAUACCGAAAGUGGCAAAGGUAAAAAACAAAGCCCCGGCAGAAGUACAAAUUACUGCCGAGCAGUUGCUCAGAGAGGCAAAGGAGAGAGAGCUCGAACUUCUGCCACCGCCGCCGAAGCAGAAGAUCACCGAUGAGGAAGAGUUGAACGAUUACAAAUUGAGGAAACGUAAGGGAUUCGAAGACAAUAUUAGAAAGAACAGAACUGUCAUAAGCAAUUGGAUAAAGUACGCACAAUGGGAAGAAAGUCUAAAGGAAGUCCAGAGAGCGCGUUCCAUUUACGAGCGUGCCCUCGACGUAGAUCACCGGAAUAUUACGCUCUGGCUGAAAUAUGCAGAGAUGGAAAUGAAAAACCGGCAGGUGAACCAUGCUCGCAAUAUCUGGGACAGAGCCAUCACCAUACUGCCCCGAGUCAACCAGUUCUGGUACAAGUACACCUACAUGGAGGAGAUGCUGGGGAAUGUAGCAGGCUGCAGGCAAGUGUUUGAACGCUGGAUGGAAUGGGAACCUGAGGAACAAGCUUGGCACUCUUACAUCAACUUUGAGCUGCGUUACAAGGAGGUGGACAAGGCUCGUACCAUCUACGAGAGAUUUGUGAUCGUUCAUCCUGAAGUGAAGAACUGGAUCAAAUAUGCGCGCUUUGAAGAGAAGUUUGGUUACAUCACUCAUGCCAGGAAGGUGUUUGAGAGAGGUGUGGAGUUUUUCGGCGAGGAGCAGAUAAGCGAAGACCUCUACGUGGCCUUUGCUAAAUUUGAGGAAAAGCAGAAAGAGUUUGAACGGGUCAGAGUCAUCUACAAGUACGCCCUGGACAGAAUCCCCAAACAGCAGGCCCAAGAGUUGUUCAAGAACUACACGAUGUUUGAGAAGAAGUUUGGGGACCGAAGGGGGAUCGAGGAUGUAAUUGUGAGCAAAAGGAGGUUUCAGUACGAGGAGGAAGUCAAGGCAAACCCACACAACUACGACGCGUGGUUUGACUAUCUGCGGUUGUUGGAAAGUGAUGCGGAUCCUGAUUCAGUCAGGGAGGUGUAUGAGAGAGCCAUUGCUAACGUUCCCCCCAUCCAAGAGAAGAGACACUGGAGACGUUACAUUUACCUCUGGAUCAACUAUGCUUUGUACGAGGAACUGGAAGUCAAGGACCCAGAGAGAACAAGACAAGUGUACCAGACCAGUUUGGAUUUCAUCCCUCAUAAAAAGUUCACAUUUGCCAAAAUCUGGCUGCUGUAUGCCCAGUUUGAAAUCCGUCAGAAGAACCUCAAAAAUGCCAGGCAAGCUCUGGGAACAGCAAUAGGUAAAUCCCCAAAGAACAAGCUGUUCAAAGGCUACAUUGAGCUGGAGCUUCAGCUGCGAGAGUUUGACCGAUGCAGGAAGCUCUAUGAGAAAUACCUGGAGUUCGGACCAGAGAACUGCACAACUUGGAUCAAGUUUGCAGAGUUGGAGACCAUCCUGGGAGACGUGGAACGAGCACGGGCGAUUUUCGAGCUAGCCAUUGGACAACCCCGAUUGGACAUGCCGGAGGUGCUGUGGAAAUCAUACAUUGAUUUUGAAAUCGAACAAGAAGAGUAUGACAACACCCGUGGGCUCUACAAGAGACUGUUGCAACGCACUCAGCACGUCAAGGUCUGGAUCAGCUACGCCCAGUUUGAGCUGUCCAUCGACAGCAGCGACCGCUUACAGAGGUGUAGGCAGAUCUAUGAGGAAGCUAAUAAGGUUCUGCGCAGCUGUGAGGAGAAGGAGGAGAGGUUGAUGCUCUUGGAGUCUUGGAGAGACUUUGAGCAGGAGUUUGGCACAGACAACACCAGGGACAGAAUCAGGAAACUGCUGCCCGAGAAGGUGAAGAAGAGGAGGAAGCUGACUGCCGAGGAUGGGUCGGACGCAGGCUGGGAAGAGUAUUAUGACUACAUCUUCCCCGAAGACGCUGCCAAUCAACCCAAUCUCAAACUGCUGGCUAUGGCCAAGAUGUGGAAAAAACAGCAGCAGCAAGAUGAGGUGGAGGACGAGGAAGGAGAAGAAAAAGAAGAAGAAGAAGAAGAAGAAGAAGAAGAAGAAGAAGAAGAAGAAGAACACCACCACAACAAAGAAACAGAGGAGCAUGCUAGUCCAGCGCCAGCAGAGCAAAGAGAGGACCAGGAAGCGACCUCUGAGAAGGCCCCAGCUGAAAACCCGUACGACGACAGAGAUGAUGAUGAUGAUGAUGAAAGCAGCAGUAGCAGCUCUAGUAGCAGCAGUGAAAGCGAGGAUGAUGACAACGACAGUGACGCCAGUGAAAAAACAAAGAAAGAGAAACCAGAUGAUGCAGAAAAAGACUAAACGUGUUGAGUUACACUUAGUUACUGGACUGCUUUGAGACGUCGUUG